UGGGUAGUCCAAAAUAAACCAACACAACAUUAUAGAAAUUACAACCCAACAGCUAAUAACUCCAUUCCCAACAGAAAUAACCUAGCAAAUUGAAUUCUCAGAAUACCCAAUUCAAUGAAAAUAACCCAGUUAAAUUAACCAACAGGCUCAACCUAGCGGUUGGGUUGAAAAAACAACCCAGCAUUUCUUUGUGUGUACAAGAAAUGAAAUGCGUUUAUCACCAAAAUAGUGCAGCUUUGUUAGCAGCUGUUUUUCAGUAAAAACAAAGCUACUUAUACCACAGGGAGGAGUGAGAUGUUAGAUCAAGAGCUGCAGACAACAGGCUCUUACUGCACCUCUGCAAACAGCUCACCUCCAACAGGUGAGCUAUUUGGUUACCAGCUGUAAAAACUACUAACAGCAAAAUAAUCUGGAAUCUGUAGCUGUGGAUCAGCCCUUUGCUUUUAAACCUCAUUGACCAACGACAAGCCGUCAUCAGUAAAAGACACACUUUGAAGCAGGUAGCCCUGUUAUAAUGGAAAUGCAGAUCCCAUCCACGCUGGGCUGAUGUGCCGAGUUCAGCCGAUUCAAGCCAGGCCAGCACAUGUGUAUGGAAAAACCCUGUAACUUCCUUCAGCUCUCGCUCUGGAGAGGAACUCCCCUGUGGCAGGAAGAUGACCUUUGUUCGAUAAAUUGACCGGAUUGUGCCUACAUGCUGUCCACACCUCACUGAGAUCCAAACCCUAUACCAGUCAGGCCACUUUGGCACGUGGUCUGGCUGAUCAGAUCCCAGUGCGGUCAAGUUCUGAUCUAGACUUGACAGUUAAUGCAUCCUGGCAUGAUUGGAUUACAUAAGUCACAUUAAAAAGACAAGUGUAACCAAAGCCUAAAUGCCUUACCACAACAAAUGUGAAGUGUGUUAAUAUCGCAGCUAACUAAACCUGCAACAUCCUGUAUUCUCAUCUGUGAUGUCAGCUGUGGAGCUUCCUUUGGAUAAGUUCCUCUGUCUUCCCUGUAUUUUCAGGGUAAAGUUUAUCCUGUGGAGGGAGAGACUUUCUGUCUCAAACAUCAAAUCAGGAUGUUUGUUCUCAUCCUGGUGACCCUGCUGUUCUCUGUGAGAGGCAGCAGUGCUGACACAGGUGCAGAUUGGGGAAGACAAUUCUGUGACAGAGGAUACUGUAUCACUCUUAUUGAAGGAGAAAUAACAGCAGAGGCUGGACUCUGUGUUGUGGUACCGUGUCUUUUCACCACUGAAUAUGGCUUUAUACCCCAACAUAUAGUUUGGUACAAAUGUGAACCAUCAAAACAAAGAUGUGGUGAUUCAGACAUUAUAUUCCACACUAACAAGAACAACAAAAAAGUUCAGUCUGGGUUCAAAGGACGAGUGUCACUGUUGGAGCCUGAUGUGACUCAGGGGAACUGCAGCAUCAUCGUCAAUGACCUCACGGAGUCCGACUCUGGAUCAUAUCAACUCAGAGUAAAUGGUUUCCUGUAUGGGAGGGAAGUUGGAUAUACAUUCUAUACAAGAGCAAGAGUCUCUGUUAAAGGUCUGACCCAGAGGCCCACAGUGAUGAUUCCUCCUCUGACAGAGGGACAGCAGACCACACUGACCUGCACUGCUCCUGGUCUCUGCUCUGGAUCUGACCCUGAAAUCACCUGGAUGUGGGGAGGAGCAGGAGAGACCGUCUCCUGCAUCACAGGAAACAUCACUGCUUUCAAGACUGAGGAUCUGACUGCUGUCACUCAGAGACACAGCUCAACUUUGACCUUUGACCCUUCAGCUAAACACCACGGCACCGAUGUCACCUGUAAGGUCAGCUUCACAAACAACAUCACAACAGAGGAGACAGUGACUCUGAACGUUACCUAUGUGAAGGAAGUUAAAAUCACUGGGAAUACAAGUGUGAAGGAGGGUGAGGCUCUGAGUCUGAUCUGCAGUGUUGAAAGUUUCCCUCCAGCUCUCAUUACGUGGACUAAAUAUUCUGAUGAAAUGCAAAAUAAAACAGAAACUAUUCUGCAGAACAACACUGUUACUGACCUGCGGAACGACACUGUUACUGACCUGCAGAACGACCCUGUUACUGACCUGCAGAAUGACACUGUUACUGACCUGCAGAAUGACACUGUUACUGACCUGCAGAACGACGCUGUAACCUUCCUGAGAAAAAGUGGAAUGGGCACCUUUUCCAUCCUUAACGUAAGAACAGCAGAUUCUGGAUUGUACAUCUGCACAGCAAAGCAUCUGAACAACACUCUGAUGGGAAAAGUUAAUGUCACAGUGAUAUGUCUGACCCAGAGGCCCACAGUGAUGAUUCCUCCUCUGACAGAGGGACAGCAGACCACACUGACCUGCACUGCUCCUGGUCUCUGCUCUGGAUCUGACCCUGAAAUCACCUGGAUGUGGGGAGGAGCAGGAGAGAUGGACUCUCACAUCACAGGAAACAUCACUGCUUUCAAGACUGAGGAUCUGACUGCUGUCACUCAGAGACACAGCUCAACUUUGACCUUUAACCCUUCAGCUAAACACAACGGCACCACUGUCACCUGUAAGGUCAGCUUUGCAAACAGCAUCUCAACAGAGGAGACGGUGACUCUGAAUGUCAGCUUGAAAGGCAACACCGCUACAGAGAAAAUGACAACUCCUGACAUGACCACUGUAACGACCCCUGCGAGUACUGGAAAUACAACUGUUGAAGAGGGUGAUGCUCUAAAUCUGACCUGCAGUAUUAAAAGUUCUCAUCCAUCGGCUCUUACCUGCACUAAACACGGCUCCAACAAAACCCUGCAAAAAGAAACUACAAUUGCCCCACAGAACAACACUGGAACAGCCGCCCUUGUCAUCAUUAAUGUGACAGCAGAAUAUUCUGGACUGUACAUCUGUACAGCCCAACACCAGACCAGUCUGACUACAGAUUCUGAAGUGAAUGUGAUAUUUCUUCCAACAAUCUUAAGUAGCUCUGCAUGUGUGGUUCGGUUGGAGGUCCUGACCCAUGUGUGUAUCAGUGAGGGGUUUCCUUUACCCACCAUUGAAUGGCCGCUGUUGGAGACUCUCACUGAAUACUCUCUGACUACCAAUGUGUCAAAUCACACGGUGAACAUCGGCAUUACCGUAUUUGUUAAACAUGACAACGACACCACUGUCAAGUGUGUCAGCAACAAUGACGCUAGGAACCUCAUAAUCAAAACAGUUGUGUUAAACCAGGAGGAUCUACUCAAGAUUUUUUUAAUGGCUUUUAAAAUGCCUCAAGUCAUCAUUGCAUUUUUGAUUGGGAUACUUCUCUCAGCAACCAUCUGCUGUUUGGCCAGAAAAUGUGACAGAAAUAAACAGAAGAACUCAGCUGAGACUCUGGAGAUGAUGACUAUUCAAGCAGUUCCUCUGAUCAAUGCUGGUCACGCAGGGGAAAAUGGUGGGGCCCAUGACCAAGAGGCAGCUGAAGGAGGAGCAUCAGCUCCUGACAGUAAUGUGGAACCAAGAGAGGUGGAAUACUCCGCCAUUGACUUCUCCUUGUUAAAUAGAACGAGUUCCAGGGGGGCAGAGGAUACACAAGGGACCACAGAGACAGAGUACGCUGAAAUUAAGAACAAAGUUACAGAGGAGAGUCAAGACAGUGGUGGAGAGGAAGGGGAAAUGUUGGAGGGCAAUGAGGAAAAGGAAGUGACGAUUGAGGAAGAAAAGGAGACAGAACAGUGUGUGUCUGCAGUGGAGGAGGGAGGUGAGGAUGUGGCAGUGUACUCCAAUGUAAAUGAAAUAAUGGGUGAGAUGUGAGGACUGUGUAGCCUGGUGGAGUCUCAGUAUGAUAUUUUUAUUGAAGAAAUGAGACAAACAUGACAGAUUAUUUUAUAUAGACAGGAGUGGCAUAACAUAAAUACAGUGAGAUGAGUAUCACAUUUAACACAGGCAUAAGUGCAAGCUGGGAGUUGAUAUAGUGCAGAUAUUAAUGUUUAGAUGUGAUGCUAAUGUGGGUUUCCUUUUACAGAAAGGACCACAUGUAUGUACAUUAAAAAUAAAAUAAAAGAGGUAGGGAGAAAAGAUGAAGGUGGAUAACUGUGUUCUCAAUACUUAAAGAUUCAUAAAUGAAAAGAAGCAAAGAGAUGUUAGGUUGAGGUUUGUUAACAGGGGUCUGGAAAAAAAAGCAAGUGAGAUGUUAGAGACUGAUUUCCGGGGUAGGUUUCAAAUAUAAUAUUUUCUAAUGUGAUGCCUGAAGACAUGUCAACACCUCUACAUGCCAGAGUCUGUGCUUUUACAUUCAUUAAACUACCAUUAAAUUAGGUAAUCACAACAUGAGGUGACAUCUAUUUCAUGUACAGAACACAUUUAAUCCACACAACUGCAGCUUCACAUGACUGAUCCUCAAAUAAGCAAUUCUGAACCGUAUAAAUACCAAAAAAUAAGGCAAGGAAAAAAGUAAAAAGCUGUUUUUGUAGAGAAAAUCUUUGGUGUCAAACAUAUGAUUUAUUUGCACUAUCAGCUAGGAUUAACAGCUUUAUAUAGUUGUUAAGCUUUCAAACAAUAUGUUAUUUAUGUUAUUAUUUAAGAAAUAUAUGCAGCUAAAAUUGCGCUUGAAUAAACCAAAAUCUAACAUGUCAUUAGUAUCAAGACAUAGGGCUCAGGGCUCAUAUUGUACAGAAUGUCUUUGUUCAAAUGUUGUCUAUAAAUUUGUAUUAGUUUAUUCUAGGUUGAUGAAUAAGUUGCCAUUAUGGUGCUAGUGUCCACAGAGGGGGCACUGCAGCUCUUUUCAACCCAGUCACCAAAAAAAAUGUUGGCACUGAAUGUUUCUGCAGACCACUUGAAAUGUGACAUUUGCACAUUCACUAUGUAGCCAAUAAGUUUAAACAAAGUUGUGGUUAACAUGUGGUUAGGUUUAGGCACAAGCACCACUUGGUCAUGGGUAUAACCUAGGUGAGUUGCCAUUCGUCGUCACCUCAACCCCUCAAUGACGUCAGCUCAUACAUUACGUCACUUUACAAAGUUUGACAUGACAUGUAUGACACGUGCAAAUGUCUCGUAUUUGUAGUUUGCAGAAAUGUACAUUUUCUUGUUGUGACUGGGCUGCACUUUUGUUUUAAACCUUUAUUUAAAGCAACAGUACGUGUAUCUGUGGCUCGGGAGGUGGAGCGACCAGGUCGUCUAUUAAAUGCAGGGUUGGACACUGAACCCUGACAGCUCCUGGUCAUUUGUAACAAAAAUUGUAAAGUGCUUUGGAUUACAGCUCUGUACAAACGCAGUUCGUGUAUGUGCACAUUUCUGUGCCUCUCAGUGGUGGUUUGUCUGUACCUCAAGUGCUCUGCUGGAUUUCCAGUGCCCCUAUGUUUGCCUAAGCACAGCUCUGAUCUUUUGGCUGGUGAUCAGCUUUGCACAGAAAUAAACAUUAACCCUGUAACAGAAGAGCUGUACUUAGUAUUUAUUCUUCAUUUUUAUUUCAGAGAGUCAUUCUGUAUGUAUCACUUUGGUAAGGAAACUUAAAUUUGCAUAAAUUCACAAAACUAUUAUUGUGAAAAGAGAAGAAUUAAAGAAAUCAGCUUUAACAGUUCUCUGCAGAACUGUACUUCUUGUUUCUGUCUAACAAGUAGUUGCAUAACUUCCCUUUUUAGAAAUGUGUAACAGGAAUCAACAUGAUGCUCAUAGCUAAGAGUGAGCAGAGAGUUUUUUGCACAGGAAACAUUGUAGGAUUAAAUUAAGUAUAAGUAUAUUCUCAACCCUCAUGAUUCUCUCUUCAGCAGGUUCAGUGUUUAAUAUGUACAUGUACGUAGCUAAAGCUAUUGAUAGUUAUAGUUUAGUAGCACAGUGGUAGAACAGGAAGUUAUCAGAGACUAAAAAUACAGUAAUGCCAUAUCAGGAAAUUCAUCAAAUAAUAGCCAGUGACUUUGCUGAGAAUAGUACCUACAGAUGUUGCACGAGAUACAAAUACAGAAGUUCUUUCUAAGAGGCUCAAAAUAAAAUGACAGCAAACAGAUAUUCUGUAGGUAUUUAAUGCAUUCAUCAGUGGAAAAAGGAUCAAAUUAACUAUUGGACCAACAAAUGUUCACUGAUCAAACGCAUGAGUCAUAAAUAUCUGCACGAAGAAAAGUUAUUUCUAGUUGGUUGUUACUCAAGAUGGCCAGAAAGUUUUUUACUUCUUGUUUGUGCAUCUGCUGUAAACUUCCUCUUUCAUACAAGUUUCAUGUCUGUUCAGAGUCGUGAAAGUGGU